AUGGGAAGCAGGCAUGAACUUGAAGAAUUAGGUUUAAACGCAGAAAAGAAAGGCGUUCUACCAAGAAGUUCUCAAGUAUCGGAACCCGAAGAUGACAACGUUGUUAAAAAGAUUGUUGAUGGAUUUUUGAACAGCACCACAGUGGCUGGUUUGCCACGUAUAUUUGAAGGAAGGGGACCUAUCGUAUCUUCAUUUUGGGAUGUCGCUUUCAUCCUGGCUAUGGCGGCUUCCGUGUGGCAAAUUGAAAUAAUUUUCGAACAAUACUUUGAGAGAGAUGUUAACGUCAGGAUAAAGGUCGUCACAACUCAAGGCUUACCUUUUCCCAGCGUUUCAAUCUGCAACACAAAUAAAUUUCGUAAAUCUGCAAUAUCAAUGUCGCCAUACUCCAAACUUGUAACUGUUGACACCGAAAUAGUACGGUCAUAUUAUGCUCUUCAGUGUCUUGAGGGAGAUUUUCCAUGCAAUAAUAGUGGGUGUAUCAAGCCAUAUUUACUUUGUGAUGGUUAUGAUAAUUGUGGCGAUAGAAGUGACGAAAAAAACUGCGACUAUGAGUGUAUAGAUAAGAAGGAAUACAAAUGUUCGGAUACUGGUCGCUGCAUCAAGUCUUCUAAACGGUGUGAUGGUGUAGACGACUGUGUAGAUGGCAACGAUGAGAAAAACUAUAAUGUUACCUGUCCAGACACUAUGUUUAAAUGCGAAGAAAAGUGUAUACAGGAUAUGUGGGUUUGCGAUGGAUUUGUGGACUGUCUUGAUGCCAAAGAUGAAAUUGGUUGUCAUAUAUAUGGUGUUAUUGCCUGCAACGACAUGGAAUUUCUCUGCGAUCUCAGUCAAUGCAUUCCUAACACGUGGCUUUGUGAUGGAAUGGCCGAUUGUUUCGACGAAACUGAUGAAGACAUGCAGAAUUGCUACGGAGGUGUUGGAGAGUGUUUUUUCGAUAGCAGAGGAAUAGAUUAUCGAGGUACGGCAAACAUCACUGUUGGCGGCAACAUAUGUCAGAAAUGGAACGCCCAAACACCACACUCGCACAUUUAUACACCACAUGAAUACAACAGCAGUGGCAUUACAAAUCAUAACUAUUGUCGCAACCCAAGUGAAUCAUCCGCGACGUGGUGUUAUACAACAGAUCCAAUGGUGCGAUGGGAUUGGUGCGAUAUUGGUGAACCUGGAGUGAAUUGUAAAAAGCCUGUUGAUGCCUGCUAUAACUUUGAAUUGAGAUGUGACGAGACGUGUAUACACAAAAUGUUGCUCUGUGUUGGUAUCAAGCACUGUCCUUCAGGAAUCGAUGAAGAGAACUGUGGCGUAAUACGAAACAAUAGUAUGUUUAUACAAAAGAGUGAAUGUUUCUACGGUUUUAAUGGUGAAGACUACAGGGGGUUGAGGAAUUUCACCAUCAAAGGCAAGCCAUGCCAGAAAUGGACGGAGCAAACACCGCACGCACACGCAUACACUGAACACGCGCUCAAUAACAGUGCCUUUGGAGAUCAUAACUAUUGUCGUAAUACAGGUCGCGAUCAGGCAACGUGGUGUUUCACCACUGACCCGGCAGUACGUUGGCAGUGGUGUUCUAUCGGUGAUCCAGGAUUGAAUUGUGGGGAUACUUGUGAUAAACCAAAUUUUGAAUGCAGCGACUCCUUCUGCAUUCCUGGUGACUGGGUAUGUAAUGGAAUCCGUGAUUGCUUCGAAGGAGAAGAUGAAGCAGGAUGUGAAUAUAGCACAGAUGUAUUUAUUUGUGAUGGCGGGAAACGUACAAUUAAUAUUCAUUUUCUAUGUGACUACUAUUUUGACUGUGAAGAUGCUACCGAUGAAGAGCCAAGAAACUGUCCAAAUGUGACAAUUCCAAAAGCACCGGGUUUCCCAGUUUUCCGAUGUUUUUCAAAUGGUAAAGAAGUACCACAGUUUAAAGUGUGUAACAAUGUGAUUGAUUGCAAUGAUGCCAGCGAUGAACUUGAAUGUGCACAUGGUGAACGCGCAGAUUAUCAUUUGACUGCAGCUGGUUUACAUUCACUAUAUUCUAGCAUUACUAAUGAUAUGAACGUAUUCAACGAAUUCGUGGAUAAUAUAUACCAGGACCAUAUGCUAGGAAGAGUAACUCAUGAAAAUCCACCAGAUUGGAACGGGUUCAUCGCUUACAGCAACGCGCCUGACAACAGUGAUCUGGUGGAUGUGUUGAAACUUCCCGUUGAGAAAACAGCAAAAUAUGGCCAUCAGCUAAAUGAUUUUGUAUUGGAAUGUACAUUUGAUGGUAACAAGUGUAAUAUGAGUAGUGAUUUUAAAGAGUUUUAUGAUGGUCGUUAUGGCAACUGUUUUCAAUUUAACCCUUACAACAAUGACAGGAAACAUGGGCAUUUCUCAACGAAAACUGGUGCCAAAUAUGGACUGAAGAUGACGCUUUUUACUGAGCAAAAUGAAUACAUCAGUAUAUACGGACGUGAUUCCGGUGCAAGAGUCGUGAUUCACCAUCCAACAUUGCGUUCCAUGCCCGAAUCUGAGGGAAUUACAAUACCGCCAGGAAUAAUCACAUCGCUCGGGAUGAAGGAGACCAGGAUAAGUCGACAACCAGACCCCUAUGGAAACUGUACUCAACAAAAAUAUUUUGAUAAAAAUCAUGAAUUGUUUUACUCUCAGACAAUAUGUGAGGAGUCGUGCUUACAAGAUAACAUGUUAAAGUAUUGUGGGUGUGUCGAUACAAUGUUACGAGGUGAACCUCAGUGUCUGUUGCUCAAUAGAACACAGGACAGAGUUGGUACUCAACAACAGUAUCACAGUCGUUGCACCCAUCAAAUAGUUUUCUUGCAAAACAUUGUACAGCUAGAGGUGUACUUUGAAGAACUGAAUUAUGAAACUAUUACUGAGGUGCCUGACAUUACGAUGGAGAACCUGCUCGGUAAUAUUGGGGGUAUACUAGGAUUGUACUGCGGUUUUUGUGUCAUGACAGUAGUAGAGCUUAUACAGCUUGGAUGUGAUUUAAUCCGGGCAGCCUGGAUUAAGAAGAUUAAUGUGUACUCUCCUAAUGAGGAUAAUGCCGUCUUUAUUGAUAAUCUGAGUGUCACUUUAGAAAGGUUUUGCGAUCAAUCGCCGAAUGUGAUUUUUUGUGGAGAUUUCAAUACAACAUUGAAUGAAAGCAUGGAUCGAGCAGGGACUAAUACAGACAGUUAUCACCCAAGAUCACGGGAAAGUAUUCUCAAGUUAUUAUUAGCGUGGGAUGUUCACGACAUCUGGCGCUUACGUAAUCAAUUGACUAAACGUUACACCUGGAGAAGAGGUAGGCAAGCAAGUAGAAUAGAUUACAUGUUGAUUCAUUUUUCAUUUGUGUCGAGGGUUACCACGGCAACUAUUGGUGAAAGUUACCGUUCUGAUCAUUGUUUAAUCAAGGUUGGAAUUGAAACUAAUGCCCACCCCCGCGGCAAGGGAUAUUGGCAUUUUAAUUUAUCUCAUUUAAAUGAUCGCGAGUUUGUCAACACCGCCAAGCAAUUUAUUACAGAAUUUUUCGAGAUGAAUGAAGGGUCAGCCAAUCCACAUAAUGUAUGGGACGCAUUCAAAUGUUCUUUCAGAGGUUUCUGCAUAAAGUAUAGUUCUAUGCGACAUAAAAAGUAUAAGGAAAAAGAAAACACACUUAUCAAAGAGAUACAUAAACUGCGAGCCAUUGUUGAUUCUCACAACCUUGCGCCUACCGAUAUUAUGCAACAGCUGUCAAUAAAACAAGGGGAAUUAGAAGCAAUAUAUUCUGCAAAUGCCUCUGGUCUUGAUAUAUUAAAUGAGCAGGUGGAUUUUUACACAUAUCUUUACAGUGUUGAAAGGGAAUUCAUGGAAUCUAAAAAUAAUUCCACUAUUUUUUAUCCUGAUAUGUAUGAUUCACGAUUAGACAGCUCGGAGAGAGAUACAUGUGAAGGUCUUAUCACAAAAGAAGAGUUGAUCGAGGCUAUUAAUUCAUUUUCGACUGGCAAAUCUCCUGGUUUAGAUGGCAUACCCGUUGAUGUAUACAAAGUCGAACAGCUUAUAUAUUUCAAUAACAUUGGUAAUAUCAGAAUGAAUCGUCUGGUGUCAGUAAUCCUUCUUUCAUCGGUUUCGCCCAUUUUGGCGCAAAACGCUUCACAGUAUGACACCGUAUGUAAUCGUGUACCUGGCAAUACCGUACAAUAUCACUUGUUCACGGAUGAAAUGUUUUGGUUCGAUGCUCAGACGUUCUGUGAAGACAAGUUUGGGGGAAUCCUGGCUAGAAUUCCAAAUAAGGAAACAGACGAUCUGAUACGGAGCCACAUAAUUUCUUCUGGUGCCGGCGAUGUCAUUCAAACUGGGUUUUGGAUUGGUUACAAUGACAUCCGAAGCGAAGGCGAAUACGAGUGGGCCGGUGGUAAAAUCUUGUGUCAAGAUUACGUGAACUGGGCGAGAAAGGAACCAAAUAACAAUACCAAAAAAAGGACAGAAGGACAGGACUGCGUACAAUUAAGGAAAAAGGUUAAUUUUCUGUGGGAUGACGAUUAUUGCGACUACAGAGAGAAAGGGUUUAUUUGCGAGACAGCGGUCUGUGAUUCCUUCGACAAAUGCAACAUCUGUUCCAAGUAAAGCAUGUAUUAUUUCCCGUACAUCUAUUGGUGACAACGUACCGAAUGACGAAUGGAUUUCCGUUGGUUUCAGUUUUUCUUCGUUCGUUCUCAGUGAAUCUUUCAACUACUUGUAACGUUUACUAUACGCCAAUGAUCUCUUAAAUAUUAGAAAUUUGAAAUGUCAAAUUUUCUCAUUGCUUGGCAUCAAAAUAAACGAGCAAACUAGG